GCCGGGAAGGUCACACUGCUGCGCGUGAGUUUGCGUCUGUCUAAAUUAACCCGUCGCUUCGCAGUCUUUGGUUCACCAUUCCUGGAAUCUGGGAAUCUCUACUGACCUUAAAAUAUCCGCAACAGCCCCUUCACCCCAAAUUGACUUCUAAAGACUCAUGUUACGUGAGGAAGAAGCCCAGAAGAGCAGGAAGAGGAAAGGAAAGGAGUCAGGAAUGGCUCUUACUCAGGGACCUUUGACAUUCAAGGAUGUGGCCAUAGACUUCUCUCAGGAGGAGUGGACAUGCCUGGACCCUGCUCAGAGAGCUUUGUACAGGGAUGUGAUGUUGGAGAAUUAUAGGAACCUGGUCUCCCUGGCAGGAAUCUCUCUUCCUGACCUGACUAUUAUCUCUAUAUUGGAGCAAGGGAAAGAGCCAUGGACUGUGGAGAGCCAAGUGAAAAUAGCGAGAAACCCACAUAGAGGGAAAUGGAUCAAAAGUGUGAAUACAGAUAUCUCUCCUAAAUGUGUGAUCAAGGAAUUACUACCAAUAGAGAACAGUAAUACAGGAAAAAAAUUCCAAACAGUAAUGUUGGAAAGACAUGAAAGCCAUGACAUAGAAGAUUUUUACUUUAGGGAAAUGCAGAAAAAUACACAAGAGUUUGAUUUUCAUUGCAGAGAUGGUGAAAGAAAUUAUAAAGGAGUGCUAAUGACCCAUAAAAAAAGUCUCACUGGUAAAAGAGAUGGACAUGAUCCAGGACAUGCAGAAAAUAAGCUUGUUCAAAAUCAGCUUAGAUUAAGCUUUCAGUCACAUCUGGCUGAACUGCAGAAAUUCCAAACUAAAGGGAAAAUUUAUGAACGUAAUCAAAUUGAGAAGACAAUUAACAGUGAUUCUUCAGUUUCACCACUUCAAGGAGUUCUUCCUAGUGUCCAAAUCAACAUUUCCAGUAAAGAUGGGAAUGAUUUUAUGCAUCCUUCAUUUCUCACACAAAACCAGAAAACACAUAUUAGGGGAAAACCUUACAAAUGUAACGAGUGUGGCAAAGCCUUUCAUCAGAACUCACUACUCACAACACAUCAGAUAAUCCAUACAGGAAAGAAACCAUAUAAAUGUGAUGUAUGUGGCAAGGUCUUCAGUCAAACUUCAUAUCUUGCAAAGCACCGGAGAAUUCAUACUGGAGAGAAACCAUACAGAUGUAAUGAAUGUGGCAAGGUCUUCAGUCAAACUUCACAUCUUGCGAAGCACCGGAGAAUUCAUACUGGAGAGAAACCUUACAAAUGUAAUGAGUGUGGCAAAGCCUUUAAUCUGGUGUCAGUACUCACUAGACAUCAGAUAAUUCAUACCGGAGAGAAACGUUACCAUUGUAAUGAAUGUGGCAAGGUCUUUAGUCAGAACUCAUCCCUAGCACGUCAUCAGGGAAUUCAUACUGGAGAGAAACCUUACAAAUGCAAUGAGUGUGGCAAAGCCUUUAAUCUGAUGUCAUUACUCACUAGACAUCAGAUAAUUCAUACCGGAGAGAAACGUUACUGUUGUAAUGAAUGUGGCAAGGUCUUCAGUCAGAACUCAUCCCUAGCACGUCAUCAGGGAAUUCAUACUAGAGAGAAACCUUACAAAUGCAAUGAGUGUGGCAAAGCUUUUAAUUUGUCUUCACUCCUCACUAGACAUCAGAUAAUCCAUGUCAGAGAGAAACCAUAUAAAUGUGAUGUAUGUGGCAAAGUGUUCAGUGAAACUUCACGCCUUAAAAGACAUCUGAGAAUUCAUACUGGGGAUAAACCUUACAAAUGUAAUGAAUGUGGCAAGGUCUUCAGUUACUAUACAUGCCUAGCACGUCAUGUGAGAAUUCAUACUGGAGAGAAACCUUACAAAUGUAAUGAGUGUGGUAAAACUUUUAUCCAAAGGUCAAACCUGGUGUACCAUCAGAGGAAUCAUACUGGGGAGAAACCUUACAAAUGUAAUGAAUGUGGCAAGGUCUUCAGUUACAGUGCAAACCUUUCAAUUCAUAGAAGAAUUCAUACUGGAGAGAAACCUUUCAAAUGUAAUGAAUGUGGCAGGGUCUUCAGUUACUACUCAUGCCUAGCACGUCAUCGGAGAAUUCAUACUGGAGAGAAACCUUACAAAUGUAAUGAGUGUGGCAAAGCCUUUAGAGUGCGUUCAGUCCUUGUUAAUCAUCAGGGAAUGCAUAUUGGAGAGAAACCUUAUAAAUGUAAUGAAUGUGGUAAAACUUUUAUCCGAAGGUCAAAGCUGGUGUACCAUCAGAGGAAUCAUACUGGAGAGAAGCCAUACAAAUGUACUGAAUGUGGAAAGGCCUUUGGACAGUGGUCCUACCUCAAUAUACAUAAAAGAAUUCAUUCUGGAGAGAAACCUUAUAAAUGUAACGAGUGUGGCAAAUCCUUUAUUAGCCGCUCAGCCCUCACUAAACAUCAGAUAAAACAUACUAGAGAGAAGCUUCCAAAUACACCUAAUGUGACAAGGCCUUUAGACAUUGUCCUAACUUCUGGGUUCACCAAAUAAUUCAAAUUUAAUAUACAGCAAAUAUAGCUUAGUGUUCACUACUUACUAAACAUAAGAAUAUGUAUCUUGGAAAGAAACUACAGGAAUGUAUAUGUAGCAAGAAUUCUACCUGAAGGCCAAAACUUGUAAAUCUACAGAGAAUUCAGAGUUUUACAGAUGAAAUUGAAUGUGGCAAAGCUAUUAGUUGUGUUCAAUCAUUACUUGACAUAAGGGAGUUCAUACUGAAGAGAAAUCAUAAAUGUGGCGGAGGCUGUCCCCAGGCAUCACAACUCAGUAGACAUCAGAAUAUACAACUUUGAGAGAAACCACACAAAUGUAAUGUGCAUGCUAAGGGUCUUAACCAAAGAUCAAAACUGAAACAUCAGAGUAUUUAUAUUGGAGAGAAACCUUACAAAUGUAAUGAAUAUGGUAAAAAGCAAUUCUCACAACAGAUUACAUAUCAGAGAAGUUAUACUGGAAAUAACUAAGUCUGUUUUGCCAAGGUUGACUUGAAACAUUACAUACUGCAGAAUAACUAUUAAUACAAGUCAAAAUAUGUUAAAACUCAUGAUAUUAUCUAAAUCAGAGGAGCAAGAGCAUGUAUGGAAAUGACCGGUUAUCUUGUUUAUAUUAAUAAAAUACAGUAUUCAAUUUGA